GGAGCAAGAGCUCCUGGUGCUGCACGAUGGGGCGACAGCCCUACAGCGUAUGCCAGCAUUGCACAGUAGGCGGGUAUACAACACGCAGGCAGACUGGCAAAGAUGGGAGGAUCAAGCUUGGGAGCAAGAGACGCGCAGACCCAGGAAGCAGCCGGCGUGGCCUCCAGGACUAGGCUGGGGUGCAUCCCAGCUUACGCCUGGUGAAUAUGAGGAUGCAGUGGCCAGCUUGUGGAAGGAUGCGGAUCCCCAAGCCCAGCAGGUCUUGAGAGCCUGUGGCAUUGAACCUCCGAACGAUGAAGAGCCGGACCCAAGAACGGUGCUGCAUCGGUACCUUGCCCGGUACAAAUCGAUCACCCAACAGCAUCGCAGCUUGGUGGCCAAGAAGGCCCAGUUGCAGAUCAGGGCGGACAAGAUCAAAGCUCAGUUUGAGAAGGCGGUACAGGAUCUGGCGGAUGUGUCAAAGGACAUCGAACAGGCAGAAGAGCACCUGGUGAAGGUACAGGUCCAGGUCCAGGCCCAGCUCAAGGAAGCGGAACCGCCCCAAGUUCAGGAUCUACAAGGACUGCUGAAGAAUGCUGGUGUCACCCUUUCAGAUGACCAGCACGUGGCCCUAUCAGCUUACAUCCAAACGAUGAAGCACUCCAGGAUGGAUGAGGAGGAACUGCUGGACCUAGGUGGAGGCUGGAUGGGUGAAACCCUGCCUCCAGACAUGUUCAGUGCAAGUGAGAUGGGGGCUGCGAAGGAAUUCGACAGAGGGGGCACAAAGGAAAGCAGUUUUGGGAACCAGAAGUGCAGCCUGAGAGGGAUCUGUGGAUCAGAGCAAGCAGCUUUGAGUUUUAAUGAUACGGAGGUGAUUCAACCAGCCCAGGUUUGCAGUUUGUGCAAAACCGAGCCUGGACAGCUGGUGAUCAUCACGCAACAGUGGAAGGAAGCUUUGUGGGUGGCAGAGAAGCGUGUUGUGACCAGGAUUCAACCCCUGGUGAAAUCGGCUAUUUUAACCAGGUAUGCUAGCGCAGCGUACAGCCUAAGGCAGAAACCGUGGGGCUGCUGUUGCAAGGCAUGUGAAACCUGGGUUUUUGAGCAGCUCGAUGACCAAUUGGGGAGUUCAGUGGUGGAAGGGCCAGUGGCUCGAGUUUGGCCGGCCUUAAGUGAAGCAGCCAUCACUGGGCCACACUACUUCCCGGUAGAUUUUGAGGACCAGCUUGAAGCGGAACCUGGGGUAUCCCAGGAGCAAGGGGUUGCUCGAGCAGCUGGUGUAAACCAGCAUAGCCAACCCCACCGGAACCUGGGGGAAGACCCAGGAAGCCAACCAACCUUUACCCAACGAACUAGCCAAACUGGUGAUAUCAAAGGAGCCCUGAAAAGGGAGCCCCCCACCAGACAGGACUGGUGCCACCUCUCGGAUCUGUUAGUGCAGGAGCCUCAGUUUUGCCUUAAAGCCAAGGAAGGUUCACUGCUAGAGUGGAUAGAGAGGUUUGAGGCCUAUCUGAUCCCAGGCACCUUGGAGUACUGGGUGGCCAACCGUAUCCCAGAGUGCUUGGAAACGGAAGAAGAGGAUUCGAUUGGGAUCCUCGCUGCCAUUGAGGACCUCAAAAUGCAGCAUAGGCCUCAGGUUAAGGAGGCAAUGUGCCACAUUCUGCAAGCCAAUGUCACCAGUUACAGAUCUGAGAUCAGACAAUGGCUGGUGAGUAACCAGUGGCAUCUUGCCUGCCUUCAAGAAACCCACCAAGCUCAGGCUACGGUGGAUGCAAUGACAUCGUCCCUGAGGGCGGUUGCUUUAGAGCCGUGGGCCUUGCAGGCCGAACCAGUUGCUGGUGGAACAUCUGGUGGGUUGGUGACGCUGGCUGGGUCACACCUCCAAACCAGGUUCCUUCACAAACAUGGUGAGGAAGGCAAAGGCUUCCUUUUUGUAGGCAUCCGCUUCAAUGGAUGGGACUUGGCGGUUGGCAACCUUUAUCUUGAGUCUGGCCCUGGACCAGGCGGGGGUGUCAAUCCUAAGAUCCUUGCUGCGCUCUUGGUCCUUCUGCAAGAGCUUCGCAUGCCUUGGAUCGUUAUGGGUGAUUGGAAUUGCACUCAUGAUGAGUUGUCAUCCUCGGGUUUUCUGCAGGCUUGCCAUGGCAGUCUGGUAGCACCUCUGGAAGCUACAACCACUCAGGGUUCCGCCAUCGAUUUUGGAGUUGUUUGUGCGGAGCUUGCUGCCUGUACUCAGGUGACUGUAGAUUGGAGUGUGCCUUUCAAGCCACACGCGGCGCUACGGUACACCAUUCACAAAACUGGUGUCAGUGUACCAGUGCCGCAGCCCCCUAAGUUCGGAGGUGAGCAAGGUUCAGCCCAGGUGGAGCUUGAAAGGCCAGAGGUGAAAGAGGUCAUUGCCAUGUUUGACAAGCCCAGCACAAAAGAAGUUGAUGUGCACUGGGGCAACAUCAUGGCUGCGCUGGAAAAUGAUCUCCAGCUUGGGCCUAAAGGAAGGGGCUGGUGCUUCCCAGUCACAAGGCAGCCGCUGGUGUCACCAGCUUCACCCGACAAGCCGUGGAGAGGUGGCAAGGUGGCCUUCUGGGAAAGACUCCAGCUCUGGAUCCAGCAAAGGAAGGAUAGACCUUUGAAGCCGACCCAGCUCCGCCUCUUUUUGCACCAGGUUAAGCACAUCCAGCAAAUGUUGGAGCCGGAGGAGUUUUCCAAAGCUGGGGAUCUCCAGCGUGAUCUGGAGGCCUUUGUCAUAGGACACCCCAAGGAUAUGACCUUGGUCACUAAAGUGAUUGAAAAGGCUAAACAGGUGGCCAGUGAAUGGAGAACGACCAAGCAGGAAGGCUACCAGAAAUGGCUUACUGGUGCGUGUGAAGGGGGCAUGCGUGGCCUCUACAAGUCUAUCAAAAUGCCUGAGAAUGUUCAGGUGAGGCCGUACCGACAACACAGUGGUGAGCUCAGACCGCACCUUAGGCGGCACGAAUGGAAACAAGUCUGGAAGCCCACUUCCGACAACUCCCCGGAGGAGCACCAGCUCUUUGACCAGCUCCGAAACAAGGCUGCGGAAGAGUUGUUGGAUGUGGGACCCAUCACUGAAGCGCAGGUUGCGGCUGUUCUGAAGAAGAUGGCAAAGAAAGCGUGUGGCCCUGAUGGGCUCACUAGUCAAAUGCUGCGCAGCCUUGAACCGAACCAGGUCUCCCUGGUGGCCGAAGCUUUUCGAAAAUGGGAAGAAACAGGCAUUAUGCCGGAGGCAGUGACAAUGUCCCUGGUGGCCUUGAUUCCUAAGAAAGAAACAGAGGAACGGCCGAUUGCGCUCACGUCACAUGCGUAUCGAGCCUGGUGCAGAACCAGGUACCCGUUGCAUGACAAGUGGGCCCGUCAGUACCAGGUGUCUGCUCCCUGGGACAGGGCCGUCAAAAAUCACUCCUCUCUUGAGGUUGCAGUGACAAGAGUGAUCAAAGGCGAGGUGCACAGGCACAGCCGCAAGUCUGGAGUCACGCUGCUACUGGAUUUGCGAGGUUUCUAUGAGAAUGUUUCUCAUAAGGCCUUGAUCAAGAGUGCUUUUAAGCAUAAGUACCCGGCUGUGCUGCUUCAUGGUGCUAUGCAGCUGUAUCGGGGCAAAAGACACCUGUGUGCUGAGAACAUGGUCAGUGCACCCCUGGUGGCUACCCAGGGCAUACUAGCAGGGUGCCCGCUGGCCCCUGGGCUGAGUAAGUUGGUGAUGCAUGAUGUGGUGGAGCCCAUUUGGAGAGGGCCGCCACGGUGUCAUGUAGAUCUGUACAUUGAUGACACGGGUUUUGACGUGGUGCAUGACGAUCCGAAACAAUGUGCGCAGCAGGCCUUUAAAGUUUGGCAGGAGGCUAAAAGGCGACUGAAGGAGGCCCAGCUCCCUCUGAGCAUAGGCAAGACAGCGUGGCUUUGCAGCAACAAAAAGGUGGAAAAGGCCCUGAAAAGCCUGCUCCUUGAAGGAGAUCCCACCAUACGUGACAUCCACAGAGAUCUUGGCAUUGACUCGGGAUGGGGCAAAAGACGUUGUGUCACAACCCACCGGGCUCGCUUCCACAAAGGGGGUGGCAGGAAGAAAAGGCUUGACCAGUUGGCGCCGGGGAAGAUGCCAAAGGUGAAGGCCUUUCAACAAGGAGUCCUUAGCGUGGCACUCUAUGGGCAUGUUGCGGUAGGAUUGUCGCCUAAGCGAUUAAGUUGGAUCAGACACCAGCAAGCCCAGGUGAUGGGCCGCAUGAGCCUGGGCUCCACUGAGUUUGUUUUGGAAAUUGGCAUGGCCAAGCAGGAGGACCCCAGCUUUACCAUCAUCAACCAGCACUUUCGUUUUCUCCAUAAGCUCCUGGUGAAGUGGAACCAGGAUGGCUUUGCUGAGCUGGAGGAGGCAUGGCAGCACUGGUACAACCGCAUUAUUCGCCACUGGCGAAUAGUGGUUGGUCCUUUUGGCGCGGCGGCUGCGUGCUACUUAAAGGCCCUUGGAUGGACGGCCACGUCACUCACGCACUGGAAAGGAUGUGGAGUGGACUUUGACCUCUUGGAUAGGGCCAGUCUUCAUGGGCUUAGCUACCACCUCAAGAAAACUUGUGACGGAUGGAGAUGGAGGGCCAUUUCGCAGAGCGAAGAUGGCAGUACGCUGGAAAAAGGAGUUGACUGGAAGGCCCCACGUCGGGCUCUUAAGCAGGUGAAAGGCCUGCAGAAAAAGGCCCUUGUUGCAGUGUGGCAAGGUGCGAUUCGGCAUGGCAUGGGUUCCUGGUGUAGCCGCUGCAACCAGGAAGCUACACUGAGGCAUGUGCUAUGGGAUUGCAGCUGGUGGGCCCAAAACCAGCAGGAGCCGGAAGACUUCCCCAGGCUCAGGCAGCAAUACCAGGAUGAGAGCUUGUGGCUGCGAGGUCUCCCUGCAGCACAAGACAAGCCACUGGGGUACACCCAGGUCCUUCAGGAGACGGGGGUUUUCAGGCAGCAGGUGGUCGAUGGAGAGAACCUCCAUUUUGCUUCUGAUGCCGGUCCUGGGGGAUCCCAGGAUCCGCGGUUCCAGGUCGUUACCUGGGGAGUAGUGGCUUUUCAAAUCCGGGGUGCCCAGAUCCAGGUGGUUGGGGCAGCCACAGGGCCUGUCACCUGUGAGCAAUCUGUGUUUCGAGCUGAAGCACAGGCAAUCAAUUACCUGGUGACUAAAGUCCAGGGCAGCAUUGAGGUUACCCUGGAUGCUAAAGGGGUGAAGCAACUAGCUGAGAGGCCGGCACGGUGGAAGUCAGAGGACUUGAUUCAGCCGGUAAGGGAAGCAAAGGAUAGGCUCACCCUCACCUGGAUAAACAGCCACCUCACGGAGCAGGAGUACACUGACAAAUUUGGUGCAGAUUCCUUAUGGAGGUGGAAAGCCAAUGAUGAGGUUGACAGGCUGGUGCAGAACCGAGCCAAUGAGAGAAGAGACUUGGCUUGGGAACAAUCAGUUCUCAUCAAGGACGAGGUGGUCAUCAGGGUAAACUCUUUGUUGGCACAGAGAACGGCGGCGAUGUUUCAACAUGAUCGGCUAGAUGGCCCCCAGAUUGUUUAUCUUGAUUCUAAGGAAGACAAGAGGACUGUGCAGAAGCAGCGUCGCAAAAGGCCCCGGCAGGUGAAGCUGUUUACUGCCCAAAAGCAGCGCAAACCUAAAACCCGGGUGUCCCCACCCAACGCGGGUAAGCUGAACAAAAGGCAGCAGAUGGAGGCCUUGCUUCAUGGUGAAAGCCCAGCUUUGGGGCAUCACUGGGUGCUGGGGCAUCAGUCCAGAGACCAGCUAACGAUCAAAUGCAGCACCUGUGGGCUGUAUGUGCAACAGACGGAGUCGCUCCCUGUCUUUGACAGGAAGAUCGGUCACCAUUGUCUGUUUCAGGGCCCGAGUUUUGCUAGGGCAGCCCAUGCCACCCACAAAAUUGUGAAUGCAGGCAAGGCCUGGUUGUGUACCAGGUGUGGGGUUAAACAGUGGGUUGCUCAGGACAAGUUGUGUGAAGGUUUUAGCAAGGAGUGCAGGCAGAGAUACCAGGGCAAAGACCCGUGGGUGCAUGAUGUUAUCCAGCAAGCGGUGCCGAAAACUGGGAUCUUCCAGAAGCCUGUCACCAGCCCAGGUCUUACCCCUGUAGUUCCUUCCCUUCGUGUUUCAAACCAGGGUGUAGCCCAAGGUGUGGGGGCUCCUGCGACUAGUGACGCAGGUGACAUUCAUGAAAGGCCUGAGAACCCUGGUGCUACCAAUGCGGACCCUAGAAGGAAUGUCAAACCGCAAAGGCUCAGUGUUGCGGACCUCAACCUGGUAGGCCCCAAAGCGAAACCCAAAGCCAAAGCAAAGGCCCAAACCAAAGAUGCUGGGAAGCAAACAAAGCUCAAGUUUUGA